UCCCAUCCUUUAUUUACCACACUACAAAUGUUAUUGGCCUCACUGUUUCUUUUUCUCGGCGCAUGCGCUGCCAUUCUAGUUUUUUGAGGAGAAAGAUGGAAUGGGAAAGAAAAACAACGUGCCCCCUAACAGAUAGAGAGAAAGAGAGGAAAUUCAGAACCAGAUUUUACACGUUGAAGAAGACAUCACUUUGGAGACGUAACUACGACCGAUCAGUUAGUUUGGGAGGUGUUUCGUGCUUCUUGAGACCCCUGCUACUAAGACGUAGUACGAACCCAAUGAGGAACGUCAUCAUGAGAAGCUGUCGUUAUGAGUCCUCUACAUCACCAGCAGAGUACUCACUAUCUCCGCAAAUGGUGAUGUACUCGAACCAGCAACCAACUAACGGCCUUUGCUCCAUGGACAAUGGAAACUACUACCGAGGAUCGCCGGAAAAUCUCGGCACAUACACGCCAACAGCAAGGGUCUGGCACGGUGAAGUUAGCGCUCGUGAAAAAGAAGGAUUUGAUAGAACUUCUACGUCCCGAUUGUCUCUAAUUCAAACUUCUAGCAACUUUCGUGAUCAUGCGGCCUCGAAUGAGGUGUCUUCACGCUACAAGUCGGUAUUAAGACAACACGAAGAAAGUUUUUAUAUGACAAGAGGCUGUGAUGUUUUUGCGCGUCCUUCUGAGAAUAAAACAGAUUCCGACAACGCCAGGAGAUCGUUUUCUUCAUCACAGCCUAAUAAUUUAUCUCUUCCUUUAAAACCCAUUCUACAUCAGGAUAAAAGCUCUACGCCACCCAAAAUUCCUAGUCCUGGUCUAAAGGAAAUCUCUCAUUCUGCUGGUCACUCUGUCGACGAGGAUCCAGAAGAACAUGUACCCCACGUGCUUGCCCCUCCGUUCCACGGACACGCUCCGAGAAGAUGUCUCCUCUGGGCGUGCAAGGCAUGUAAACGAAAGACUGUGACGAUUGAUCGAAGAAAAGCUGCUACGAUGAGGGAACGACGACGACUACAGAAAGUAAACGAAGCUUUCGAAACUUUGAAACGAAGAACUUGCGCCAAUCCAAACCAGCGUCUCCCUAAAGUGGAAAUUCUUCGGAAUGCUAUCGAAUAUAUCGAGAGCCUGGAAGAAUUGCUUCAUGGGGCACCAGGCAUUCAGAAGCCGGGAAAGAGAAAGUUCAGCCGGGAUUCUGACUCUGCCAGUGGUGGUAGCGACUAUUCAACCAUCAACAGUCCUUCCUAUCUGAACGAAAGGCUUCACCAUUAUGGAGAAGCAAACGGAUUUUACCCACUUUCUGGGGGCGAACAACAGUCUUCUUCAGUAUCCAGUCUUGAUUGCUUAUCUCUAAUCGUAGAAAGCAUCAGUCCCACUUCCGGCAGCCUUAUCAACGCCUUCUCCAUGGCAACGGAUCAUCCUGUGUAGAAUAUAUUUUAAGAAGGAAUUCAAAUGAAUUGGUUGCGAUAUUACACUUGCCAAACAAGACUACACGUAAAACAUGUUAGCAAGCCUAAGACUCAUCCGUUCGUAAUGAACAAUGGUUGAACUUACUUGCUUUCAUUUUUUAUUAAUAAGUUCAUAUUGUAUUAUAAAUAGUGGUGUCUUUGUCGUUGUUUUCAGAUAUUCUUGAGAUAACUUCUUCUGUUGACGAAGUCCUACGUUCAUUUGGCUGAAGAAUUUCGUCUACAUAACAUGAACUAAAUUUUUCUAGCAGAACGAAAUGUUCACAACAAGGAGCUUCACAACAUGACUAGAGAUUACCAAGCAGACAAACCACUCUUCUGUUAGAGACAUAUGGAUAAAGAGAUGUUGUUGUUACUUAUGUAUGUCUGCUUUGUGUAUCGUCUGGAGACGUCAUUAAUGCCGGUGCAAAAAUUCUUGACCUGAAAUGCGGGGAUGAUCAGAAAAAAAUAUUGUGUGUUUUGGUUUUGUUUUGUUGUGGUUUUUUUUUUUUGCGUGUGAAAAUUAUUGACUAACUGUGCAAUAUAACCUUAGAUUUAAGAAUUUUAAAAUAAAUAACAACCUGAUACACUCACUUCAAACCUCGUUUUGAGCUACAACAAAUGUUACAAUAGAUAAACUGUAAUUUUUCAAAUACAAUAUUUGUAAAUAAACAUAAUUUCUAUCGUUAAAAAUGAGGCAAGUCUAAUUAAGUUCUAUUUUUAGACUACGAAAGUAAAUCGUUUUUAGUCUUAAAACGAUUAAUGAUUGUGUUGGCUGUCAGACCGAAGUCUAUGUUAUAGGUCGUUAUUUUCUACUUUUUUCAUCAGUCUCAUAAUUUGUUUACUGACUAAUGGUACAGGAAGGGAAAGCUAAUAUUUCUUAACAAAAUUUCCCUUUGCGAGAACCAGUAGACAGGUUUAUGUUUGUUAAAUAUAAACUCCGUCUUUUCUAAAUAACUAGUUUAAUUAUAAUUUGUUACUUAAACAUGACAAGGAUAUUCUGCUUUUGUUAAGAAAACUUUAAUUUAAGACCAAACUGAUCUUUUAGUUAAAUAUUUUAAAACCACAUUGUCUACAACAAUGUUCAUUUAAAGUGCAAUAAAACUAUAUACGUUUAACAUAAUUGUUUUAAGAAUUUAAUUUCUACGUUUAAGGACACGACAUUGUAUUUGUAUAUGAAUCAGUGCCUUAAGAGAUACAAUAAAAAAAUUAUAGACUUAACUGAUGCUUUACUGAAAUAUUUUAUAACCACGUUCAUUGAAAGUGCAAUAAAACUAUAUAUACGUUUCACAUAGUUGUAGAAUUCUUAUUUCUACGUUUAAGGACACGACAUUGUAUUUGUAUAUGAAUCAGUGCCUUAGGAAUAAAAAAAUCAUAAAGACUAAACUGAUGCUUUAUUAAAGUAUUUUAUAACCAUGUUCAUUGAAAGUGCAAUAAAACUAUAUAUACGUUUAACAUAAUUGUUUUAAGAAUUUAAUUUCUACGUUUAAGGACACGGCAUUGUAUUUGUAUAUGAAUCAGUGCCUUAAGAAAUACAAUAAAAAAAAUUAUAGACUUAACUGAUGCUUUACUGAAAUAUUUUAUAACCACCUUCAUUGAAAGUGCA